UUGGGGCUACAGAACUGGGGUUUUCCACCUUAGGCUUUGUUCCCCAUUUUCUAGUCUCCGGUGAACGUAAAUGUGAUAAGCUCCCAGAGUCUCGAGCAUCUCGCGGCCUCAUUUGAGCAAGAGAGCCUGGGAAGGGAGGAGUCCGGCCGGCAUUUUUUCUGAGAUCCUGGAGCUGUCACAAGGACGCCUCAGCCUUCAAAAAGCCUCCUGGGCAGGUCCUAGAGAAUCUUUUCUUAUUCUUCCUGGUUAAAAUCAUGCUGGUUUGUGUCUUUCCGAGGCUUCCUUUCUUCAACCUGAUAACCUGCAAAAAAAAUGAAGUGGUAGUGUGAAGUCUCAGGAAGCUGGCCCACUCCAAGGUGUGUGAGAGAGGUGUAUCUUGGAAACCAUGGCGCUCCCCUUUCAAAAAGGGCUGGAGAAAUACAAGAACAUUGAUGAAGACGAGCUUCUUGGCAAACUCUCAGAAGAGGAACUGAAACAGUUGGAAAAUGUUCUAGAUGACCUAGAUCCUGAGAGUGCAACACUACCGGCUGGAUUCCGACAGAAAGACCAGACCCAGAAAGCAGCCACUGGCCCAUUUGACCGAGAGCACCUGCUCAUGUAUCUGGAGAAAGAGGCUUUGGAACAGAAAGACAGGGAGGACUUUGUACCCUUCACAGGAGAAAAGAAAGGGAGAGUCUUUAUCCCCAAGGAAAAACCUGUAGAAACUCGUAAAGAAGAGAAAGUGACUCUGGACCCAGAACUGGAGGAAGCCUUGGCCAGUGCCUCAGAUACUGAACUCUAUGACCUUGCAGCUGUCCUUGGAGUCCACAAUUUGCUCAACAACCCAAAGUUUGAUGAAGAAACAACCAAUGGCAAAGGUCGCAAGGGGCCCGUGAGGACUUGUGUUUUAGAUGUCGUCAAAGGUGAAAAGGCCAAGCCAGUAUUUGAGGAGCCACCAAACCCCACAAAUGUGGAAGCAAGCCUGCAGCAGAUGAAGGCCAACGACCCUAGCCUGCAGGAGGUCAACCUCAACAACAUUAAGAACAUUCCAAUUCCAACCCUGAAGGAAUUUGCAAAGGCUCUGGAGACCAACACCCACGUGAAGAAGUUCAGCCUGGCUGCAACCCGUAGCAAUGACCCUGUGGCCCUUGCCUUUGCAGAGAUGCUGAAAGUCAACAAGACCUUGAAAAGUCUAAACAUAGAAUCCAAUUUUAUCACUGGCACUGGAAUCCUGGCCCUGGUGGAGGCACUGCGGGAGAAUGACACCUUGACGGAGAUCAAGAUUGACAACCAGAGGCAGCAGUUGGGAACAGCUGUGGAGAUGGAGAUCGCCCAGAUGCUGGAGGAGAACUCAAGGAUUCUCAAGUUUGGGUACCAGUUUACCAAGCAAGGUCCACGGACAAGAGUGGCAGCUGCCAUCACAAAAAAUAAUGACCUGGUUCGCAAGAAGAGAGUUGAAGGAGACAGGAGGUAAACUUCCACUCAAAGAGGUGAAGUCUCACUGUGCGGCCAUCCAAAAAAAAAAAAAAAACACCCCAAAUCUUCCUCUUCUCCACGGGACCAUUUUAUCCAAGGCUGUUCGUUUCCGUUAAGCAUAUCCGUCAUAAUUUUACGUUAUUCCUUGCUAGCGCUACUUAUUUAUCUGAGGUUCUGAAAUAUGUGUAGCAGUUGGCCUCGCUCCUGGACACACCUGGCGGCUUGCACAAGUAAGAUGAUAGAUACAGAUCUUAGACAGUGACAACACUAGAGAUGAUCUUAGCCACUUUCAUAUUGUCUUGCUUUCUUACAUGAACGUUUUUUUAGUCAUGGGAAGGGACUUGGCAUGUAGCAUGUGUUUGUAGCUUACUACAUAGUGGAGGCCUGUCUCUGUUUACAUGCAUUGCUUUGAGCUAGGCUGAGUACAGGAGAAGUGUGUGCUACGGACCACAUAAGAAGUUAAGUACUGCCAAUCUUUCACAAAUUCUCCGUUAAUUCCAGGAUAAAAAAGUGUCUCUACAUGCACAUGCCCAACUGAUAGGCGGUCAGUGGGGUCCUCCUUAGAAAGCACUUUAACAUAGCACUAGCAAAGCGACUGUUUAGUACCCUGAGAGUAUAUUAAUAAUUCACACACUUACCUUUACUGACUAUUAAACAUGAAUUCAACAUAUGUGUUUAGGUAUGUGGUCCUGGGAACUGUAUCCAGGGCCCUGUGCAUGCUAGGCAAGCACUCUACUCUUGAGCUACAUCUCCAACCCAAAUUAUAUUUAAACUGAUUCUCUAAUAGGUAAUUAUGUUUAAAGCCGUUGAAAGACUUUCCAGGUAUGAUGGGAAAUUUUUACUAAAAGAAAAUUUCAAAAUGGCACAUUCCCAAAUAAAAUAACAAUAACAGCACCUUAGGGGCUAGGGAAAUGGCUCAGCAGUUAAGAGUGCUUGCUAUUUUCCCAGAGGGCCAGAGUUCAGUUUCAGCACCUGUGUCAAGCAGCUAACAAUAGUGUACAACUCCAUCUCCGGGGAAUGUGAUACCUACAGCUUCUGAGGACAUCCACACAUGCCCCUAAAAUACAUACACAUGAUUAAAAAUAGAUUUAAAAGAUAUGUCACCUUAAUCAAAGUUUCUGAUACAUAAUGAGUUUGACAAUGAAUUAAAUGAGUUUGACAAAUUUUAAAAGCAGUUAUUGAUUCAUCUUUAGCAUAACCAGAUCACCCGAUAAAUUAUGGGCAUUGUGGUUAGUUAUGUAGAUUUUUUCUCACGUGCAAUUGUUUCUUUGCCUCUUGGCUUAAAAUCAAGUGUUGACUUUUGUCAUAUGUCACAGUAAAUCCAGACAUUUGCAGACAUUAGGUUAAAAUAAAUUGUCAGUUGCUCAGAUAUUUGUCACCUCAAAGACAAAGCCCAUGAGGACACAACAGAAGUGAUCGUGAAGUGAUUAUUUCUAAGUAUAACAACUGGACAGUGUGAUGCAAACUUAAGGUACCAAAUGAUGGAAAUUUUGGGCACAAAGAAAUCAUUUUUCUCUCCUGUCAUAGAUACCAGCUCAUGCCAGCCACUGUAAGGUACCUGUGUUAGCUGCCCUUCUCACUGCUGUGACUAAAUACCUGACAAAAACGAAUGUAAGGAAAAAGGGGCUCAUUUUGGCUCACAGUUUUAGGGUGUCACCUACUGUGGCAGGGAAGAAUGGCAGCAGGGGCAUGAGGCAGUUGUCACACUGCAGUCACAGACAGGAAGCAGAGAGAGAUUAAUGCUGAGGCUCAACCUACUCUUUCCUUUUCCCCCUUUUUAUUUAGUCUGGAACUCCAGCCUACAGGAUGGUGCUCCCCACAUUCAGGGUGAGUCCUCUCUCCCUGGUUAAACUUCCCUGGUAACACCUUAGGUGAUUCCAAAUCCCACCAAGUUGACAAUGAAGAUAGCUGUCGUUGGGUUUCUUGUCCUUCUUGCCCUCUCCUUUCUUUGCACAGCAUCCCUCUUAUUCCCCUUCUUCUCUCUGUCUCUAAGUCAGUGGUUCUCAACCUGUGGGUCACAAUCCCUUUGGAGGUUGAAUAACUCUUUCAUGGGAGCCACUUAAGAUCACUGGAAAACACAGAUAUUUACAUUACGAUUCGGAACAGUAGUAAAAUUACAGUCAUGAAGCAGCAAUGAGAUAAUUUUACGGUUGGGGGUCACCACAACAUGAGGAACUGGCUUCAAAGCAGUAAGAAGGUUGCAAACCACUGCUCUAAGUCCUGUAAAGAUGAUGGGAAACUAACAGACUAGAAAGCACUUGGAGUCAGGGGCCUUGGAAAAAAAAAAACAACUGGACACUUGGAGGAAGAAACUGGACACUUACUGUGCUAUAAAUACCCACAGCCAAAGCAAAAAUUCUCUGACACAUCUCAUUUCCUUGGCUCAUUUUAUGCUGUUCGGACAUAAUGAGUAGAGUAUUCUGACAUUGUUCUGAGUCACUCCCAAGUCCUUCAGCUUAAUACUUUAUCUUCCUGUCAAUCUGCAAACGUAUUUUUUUUUUGUCUUAUUGCUUAAUCUGAUUUUUCCUUCCUUCUCACUUGGAUGUGGUAUUGGAGCCAGUUUGUACAGGUUUGCUGGUUUGAUCCAUUUCCGGGAAUUCUUUGAAUUAUUGCUCAAAAUAGCCCUACUAAAAAUUAAGGGGUGGUAACACACCCCAGUGAUCCUAGCACUUGGAGUAGAAGCAAGGUCAGUGUUGGCCGCACAGGAAGUAUGAAGCCAGCCUGCUACCUGAGACCCCAGCGCACCCUCCCUCAACCAAAACACGGUGAGCGACAUGUACUUACAGUUAAGUCGAUUAUAGUAAAGGCAAACUGUGUUCUUUCGGUUAUUUACGUGUGUUGUGCCUAUAGGGCAUAAAUACCACUGUGAUGUGCUAUGGCACAGGUCUUCCCCUGCUUUGUCAGUGUUAACUUCUUGGCCAUGGUGAGAAGAAUCCUUGGGAAUUAGCAACCUGUAAGAAGCUGGCUCCUUUCUUCCCUCUAGAUUGUUGGCUGAUAAGCAGUCAUCAGCUAUACCUGGGUGAAAUGUGUAGAAUGUAUUUUAAUCAGAAUUUUUGGUUACUCUGUUGCCAAAGGAAGGAUGCUAAGUACCUUUCCUCUCUCUCAGCCACAGACUUCUUUAAGAGCAGAGUCCUUAACAAGCUCCUUUCUCCUUUUUUCAUUCACUCCCUUGCCUUCAUUCCUAAGAAACCCUGACCCUGCAGAUUAUUGUCUGCAGCCCCAUAUUGUGGAGAGUGGGCUACAGUUGUUGACACACCCUGGCAAAAAGCAAGAAAAAAAAAUCAGAUUUAGAUCAUGGCUAUUCCUUUUUACAAUGAGUUAUUAAUACUAUUAAAGCAAGAUUGUAGAAUGUUAUUUUUAAAAUCAUGCUGGUUUUAGCUUAUAAAAUGAAUUUAUAAGAUUAUUUAUUACCAAUCAGCUGUUUUAUCAUUAUGGAUUUUUAAGUAGCAUAUAAAGUGACAUUUCCAUCAUCAUUUACAUUUUGAAGGUAACUACUAGAAGAUAAAGUAUACAUCUUGGGGAAUCUAUCAAAUCAUUUAAUUAGAUGAAGACCACCUCCCACCUGCCCAAAGUGGACCAUUAAUUUCAUGCUGAUGAGACAUAAUAUAUGUAAAUUAUUUUAUAAGUAUCUGUUUUGCUAGCUAGCUAGCUAGUGUGUGUGUGUGUGUGUGUGUGUGUGUGUGUGUGUUGUCAGAUAUCUAACUAGGUAUUUGGCUACAUCUGGACAACUGAUUGAAGGGGAGGCUCUCUCCCCAGCUCCACUUCCCCUCCCCCUUUAGAGCUGCUGCAGACCUGGGUUCAUGGGAAAUCACCCCGGAGUCUGCAGUUUCUGUCACCCACCACCACAUUUCACAGUUGUGUGGAGGAUGACUCUUGGGGAUUCACUGGAUUAUUCCCUAUGAGAUCUUCCUAUAUGCCUGACGUGUGACUCAUUUCAUACGUAUGAACGUCAAUUAGCGCCCUUCUUCCAUCUCUGUAGGACACGCUGUAUAUAGACAUUUUGUACAUAGUGAUCACCAAAUACUCUUGUGACGUAUUUGGCUGCAUGUGGACCAUGGAUUGACGGGACCAUGUUUCCCUUGCCCCUCUCAGGGUUGUUGGGGGCCCAGGUUAGAGAAUCACAUGCCUGGAGGGGCAGGUGCUGCUCACCCAUCUUUCUGCACACAGCUCAUCAUUCAGUAGAAGCUCAUUCCCAUGUUAAAGCUCAAAAAAAAAAAAAAAAAAAAAAAAAUCACAGUGCCUGUACUCUUAGUGCCAGCUUUCUUAAAGGAAGACUGGUAUACCAGACCAUGAACAGCUGCUUCUCUCUUCCAUAUGGAGAUGUGGCCCCUGGGGGCGGGGUCACACCAGCAUUAUGGAAGCCACUGCCUUCUGAAUAACUGCCACAAGACAUUUCUCAUGCACAAAGCGUAGACUUGGUGUGAAAGCAUUAGCAGGCUCUCAUGCUCAGACAGUCCUGGAGAGUGAGGAAAAGUGUUUGAACAGACUUCAUUUGUCAUGGCUGAGAAGUAUUUUUGCGCUCUCCUUGAUACUUUGAAGGAGGCAAGAGACAGAAGAAUUCUGGACUGAGAAGUUUACAUGUGUUUUAGGGCUGGGAUGACAGAUUGCCUUUUCAGAAGGUAGCUACUGAGGAGUAGUCGCUUAUGUUUCAGUUCCCACACCCUGCUACUCUGUUCUCACUUAAAAGACUGAGAUGCACAUAAAGUAAAAGUAUGAAAACAUUGUAAAUAUCAGGGUAGUUCCACUGGGUAAAUCACAGAGCAGCCUUUUGGAACUGGCCAGAGAAAAGAGCCCAGAACCUCAGUGUUCAUUCUUUCCUCGUUCCCCAGUUCUAGAUCUGACUGUACUUGACACAGUGACUCAAGAUCCCUACAAAGGGAAAGGGCUGGGUACUUAAUAUUUAAAUUAGUUUAAUGGCAGCCUACAGUUCUGCUUACUCCUAACUGCUUGCUCUUCAGCCUGACAGCAACAACUGAACCAUCAGUAGAUCGUGCACAAAGGGUUGCAAAUUUUAAGUCUGUAUCCUGGGUGCUCUUCUAGAAACUGUACUUGAAUCAGAGGUUAUGCCUAUCUAGAACACACUGUUGGCUUGGAGAGGGUGAAGGGGAGGGCAUGAAGCCAUGGGCAGAAAAGAGGAACCAGCCAACCAGGCUUGGUUGGCUGUGUCUUGUGGCAGUCAUUCGGAGCACACUGGCUCAGCUGGUUGGUAUGGUGAACGGGUACCAUACCAACGGAUUUGGAGGCUAAAUCGUAAUCCCGUUACCAACACUUAGCAGGUGUAUGAUCAUGGGCGAUUCAUUUAAUUGCCUGCCAAUUAUAGACUAUAUGGAGGACCAGCAGCAGAAAUGGAAUCAAGUGACGUAAACACUUGACUCCACACUUUCUUAGCUGGGUGACUUUGGGGAAGCCACUUGCUCUCCCGAGCCUCAAGCUCCCCAGCUAUUAAAUGGGAACAAUAUCUUCACUAACUACCUCACAGAGUUGUAGUGAGAAAAUACCAUCAGAUGACUGGAUACAAACAGCAGAGAAACUGGAAAGCUCUGUGUAGAAGUAGAUGGCUUUAGUCAGCUCAUUAAUGUUUCCCACUGAACCUGAAUCUGUUUUCUUCUGACCAAUGGUUCAUCUUUUUGGAGUAGUGCAAGAAGUGUGGUUGUGGUGUAAGGGACUAGAAUUACUAUACUUUACAUAGAGAUGAGAGGUGGUUGACAGGGCAGUGGGUGGUAUAUUUCAUGAUACAAAUGAUAGGUCAUUUUUCCUGGGUCAUUUUGACCCACUUUAUAAAGGGCUGGGGAGUAACUCAGUAAGGCAGUAUGCUUGCCCAGUAUACACAAAGUCUUGGAUUUGAUCCCCAGUACUGGACAGAUAAAGUGGGUGUUAUCUAGUUAGUAGCACUAGCCUGUAAUCUUAUCACUCAAAAGGUGGAGGCAGGAGGAGCAACAGCUCAAACUCAUCCUUGGCUACAUAGUGAAUUUGAGACCAGCCUGGACUACAUUAAAAAUUAGUGAAAUUAAAAAGCUCCUUGGGAAGUGGUCACAGUCCUUGUAGAUACUAGCCCUAAGAGGGGGAACUCAAACAGUUACUAAGAAUUCAGGCAAGAGCGCUACUGCCUUCCUGUCAUCUCUAAGGGAGAUGGAGGCUAGGCAAUAAAGGUGUUGCUGGCAACCUUGGAGAACAUCUCUUUGGGGCUCCAAGAAUUUUCAUGCCUAGCAUCUGUGUACUGGGUGCCACCGCUGGCACCAGAAGCGAGAAAGCUCUCUGGGGCUGCAGCUACCCAUCACCAGCAACUCAGCCCUAGUCAGUUCUUUAUUUUGGCCAAGAAAAGCACUGGAGCCUGGCCUCACAGAGAUGAUGUCUCAUCAGUCCUUGUAUCCAUGGUAUCAUCUAAUAAGGUGCCUUGUACAUAGUAGAUGCUUAAUUAAUGUUGCCUGUACUGUGUUGUCCUCUGGCCCUACAAGAAAUAUACUUUGUUUACAACCACAUGAGAUAUAUAGAUACACACACACACACAUUUAAUCAUACUGAUUUGGAUGCCAGCUGUAUGUGACCUUGGGCAAGGUUCUCCAUCUGUUUUAUGUUCCUUUCAUCUAUAAAACAGUGUAUUCUCUAAAGUCCCUUCUAGAUCGCAAACGUUGCAAGCCCGUGAUUCUGAACGCGGGUGGAUAAUGCAUCCACACCAGCUCCAGCUCUCUCCAGGAACAUUCUGCAGACAGCUGCUUGGUCCUUUCCAGCAGCGUUGGAUAACUUCAGAGUAGCUUUGGAGGAGCAUCAUCAGAAACGCUACUUCAGGGCUGAGACGGUAGCUCAGUGGCAGAGCAUUUCCUGGAGUGUGGGUUCAGUUCUUAGCACUACAACAUAAAAAACUUUAAAGAUCUUGGGAUGCAUCCCUCAAAAACAGAAAGGAUAUUUUUAACAUAUCUAAUAUUUUUCUCCUUAGAAUCAGAGGGAAAGGAGGGGAAGAAAUACAAAGAAAGUGACCAGGAUGGGUUUUUUUGUUAGGUUUAUAUUUUGUGUCUGUGUAUUUGCAUGAUUGCAUACCAGGAGACAAUCAAAGGUGCACUAUGUGCUACAACAAACUGGCCCAGGAUUUAAACUUCUGUGGACACCAUCUAGAUGUGGGUAGGCAGAAAUUGGCCAAGCAGAGAAAGGAGAUGGAUAAAAAGUACACUUCCUGAGUGAUUUUACUUUAGUACCAAAUGUCAGCCAUGACAAUCUUCAUUUAAAUUAUUCUAAGCCAGGCAUGAUAGUGUCCACAUAUAAUCCCAGCACUUGGGAGGUGCAGAAGCAGUGUCAGAAGUUCAAGGUCAUCCUCCACAGUAUAGCAAAUUCAAGACCAGCCUGAGAUACACAAGACUUUGUCUUAAAUUUUAAAAUAAAGACAUAAAUAAAAAUAAUUUGUAUCUCUACUACUUUCUUUUUAAGACCAAAACUAUGUACGUGAAAAAGCAUAUUUACAUUUUAAGUGAGCCUUUAUCUUAAUCUUGUUUCAUGUUUUUCAGAAAACAAGCAGCAUUUUUCAUUGCACAUAAAAAAUGUAAAAUUCUUGCAUGCCACCAGUCAUAAUGGCUUACCAGUUCUAUGCCUGUCAAGUGUGACCUUAUGUGUAUUGUUACCUAUAUUGUGUUGAAGACUAAGGGACAUAAUAUUCUUGUAAACUUGUAAACUUUAUUGGUAACAUUUGUUUACUUGAGCAGACACUGAAAAGCCACAAGGCUUUAUUUUUCAUUUGAUAUUUUGAGCAAAGCUAGAUGAUUGGUUAAUUCACUAGGAAUUUAAAGACUAACUUGCCUUUUAAAUGUGAAGUUGAACAUCUUGUGAAAACUAAUUUUAUCCUCAUAAUAAAGAACCCCAUUGGCCCAAAAGGGUGCAAUUUUGGGCCCUUUGGAAUUAGCCACCCAGAGCUAAUGUUAAGCUAAAUAGAAACUGUUGUAAUUAACCAAGAUCUUUCUGCUUUCAAAGAUGUCAUGUGUUCACUUGUGUCUGGAAUAAAGGUUGUAAAUUAAAAUGUAAAAAGGGGGGGGGGGUCAAUAAACUUAACUUAAAAUGUGAAUGUCUGGUUCCUGGCUACUCUAAGACAGAGUAUCUCUUCAAAAUAAAUGUCUGGCACUAUGUUCUUACU